AUGCAACUACUCACCGCUCAGAAAAUCGACGGACAUCGCCACAUCAUCACAGGACAGUCGAAUCUGGCCUUUUCGCGCGCACAACGAUCUCUGGAGUGCGGAGCCCAACCCAUCUAUGUGGGAACACAACUUCCGGAAGCCCUGAAGGACCUGGUGAAGACGGGGAAAGUCGAGCACGUGGACGAGAGCUUCCAGUUCCGCCACGUGACGUCGCUGGGCCGGGACGAGGUGUCUGGAGUUGUGGAUCAGGUUCUUGUGGUUGGGGUCCAUCAGCAUGAGGAGGUUGAUCUGGGGUCAUUGUAUCGACAGUGUUUGUCUUUACGGGUUCCUCUCAACGUUGCGGGACACCCCGAGUACUGUUCUUUCACGUUUCUGGCGUCGUAUGCCGACGGCGACUUUCAGUUUGGAGUCACCACCUCCGGCAAGGGCUGCCGACUGGCCAAUCGUCUCAAACGAGAAAUGGUGGCGGCUCUGCCGGCCAACGUGGACGAGAUUUGCAACAAGAUUGGUUCGCUGCGAGAGAGAAUCUACGAGGAGGAUCUCAAGGAUGUGUUUGAGGCAGAGGACAUUGGCCAGGAGGAUGACGACGCCGAGCAGAAGCGACUCAAUGUGCUUGUUGUGGAGGACUCGGAGACGUUCAUCCAGAAGAAAAAACAACGACUACGAUGGUUGAGCCAGCUGGUGGAGUAUUUCCCUCUGGGAAAGCUCGCCAAUGUUUCCAUUGAUGAUCUUAACAGAGCUUAUCAUAGUUCUCAAGAAGCCGACGCCAAAGAGAGUCAGCAAAACGGCCAGGAAGAUGACUCGGCUCCCGCAGUUGUUGAUUCUUCUUCCUCGUCUUCAAAAGCCCACAUUGCAUUGAUUGGAUCUGGGCCGGGAUCUGCUCAGUAUCUCACUUCCGCUGCUCUGGAGCGCAUCAACAGUGCUGAUCUGAUUUUGGCAGAUAAGUUGGUGCCGGAGUCGGUUCUGGAUCUCAUUCCGCGGGCCACCGAGGUGUUUAUCGCCAAAAAGUACCCCGGAAAUGCCGAGGCCGCCCAGACUGAGCUUCUGGAGCGCGGUCUCGACGGCCUGAAACAAGGAAAAAUGGUGGUUCGACUUAAACAGGGAGAUCCGUACAUUUACGGGCGAGGAGGAGAAGAAUACAUCUUUUUUGCCGGCCACGGAUACAAGCCCGAGGUUGUUCCGGGCAUCACAUCGGCUCUAUCUGCCCCGCUGGCGGCAAACAUUCCACCUACCCACAGAGAUGUGGCUGACCAGGUGCUCAUCUGUACGGGUACUGGACGAAAGGGAGCCAUGCCUGUGAUUCCCGAGUUUGUCAAGUCGCGAACAGUCAUUUUUCUGAUGGCUCUGCAUCGAGUUGACCGACUUAUGGAGGCCAUUUCUGCCACUCCCGGCUGGGAUCUGUCCACUCCUUGUGCUGUGAUAGAAAGAGCUUCUUGCCAUGACCAGAGAGUCACCAGAACCACUCUACAAUAUCUCGUCGAGGCGGUGGAGGCCAUUGGCUCGCGUCCCCCGGGCUUGCUGGUGGUCGGGCAUAGUUGCACCAUUUUGGAGAAGUUGGACGAGGGUCAAAAGUGGAAGAUUGAAGAGGGAUAUCAUACGGGAGUUGGGGAGACUUUGAAGGGGUUUUCGGCGCUUGCGUAG